AUUUCUCGCCCCUUCUAUGACGGCUUGGUUUAAGCCCCGCCCUCUCCCAGUGUCUCGCGAGAAGUGCUGCUUCACGGCGACCGGGCUCAAGGAGGUUGGCAAUGGCAUUUGGCAACAUGGAGAUGCCCUUCUCAUAAACCUAGAUUUAACCAAGAAGCUGCCAUGGGUUUGUCUGCAUCCUCUCCAUCGAUUGCACUCCAAGGAAGUGUAUCGGAACAGACUGCAUCCUCACAAUGUCCCAUGCAACAGAAGAAAAUGGAAGGCUGUCCAAUGCACAUGAAAUCAGCUGACAGUGUUGAUGAGAACCAAAACUCUACUGUUCCUGGACAUCAAGAAAGAGCAUAUGCAUAUGUGGAGUGUCCUGUUAAGUCUCAGAUACAUGAGAAGAUAGAUCCUAGCAAUAUGAUGCCGCCUCCUAAUCAGCUACCAUCCACUGGUCAGCCAUUUCCUUUGUCUACAGUGAGAGAAGAAUCUUCUAUUCCUAGAGCUUCUUCUCAGCAAAACUGGGUUUAUCCUUCAGAACAAAUGUUUUGGAAUGCAAUGCUUAGAAAAGGUUGGAGAUGGAAAGAUGAUGACAUAAAACCUGGAGAUAUGACUAAUAUAAUCAAGAUUCACAAUCAGAAUAAUGAGCAGGCUUGGAAAGAAAUUUUAAAAUGGGAAGCACUUCAUGCUAGGGAAUGCCCAUGUGGACCAAUGCUUGUUCGGUUUGGAGGUAAAGCACAAGAGUAUUCGCCAAGAGCCAGAAUACGAUCCUGGAUGGGCUAUGAACUGCCUUUUGAUAGACAUGAUUGGAUUGUUGACCGCUGUGGAAAGGAGGUCCGAUAUGUUAUUGAUUAUUACGAUGGGGGAGAAGUAGAUAAGAACUAUCAGUUUACCAUUUUGGAUGUCCGCCCUGCUUUUGAUUCCCUGACUGCUGUGUGGGACAGAAUGAAGGUUGCUUGGUGGCGCUGGACUUCAUAACUAAUUACACAGUAUGGACAAUUAUAAGAAAUAUAUUAUUUUGAAAUGGUGUUGAACUGAUUUAGGAAUGAAUAAAGUUUAUGGUGACUAUA